CCCCGCGAGCUGCAAAACGUCCAAUGGGAGGGCGCGCGGGAGAAGCGGCCAGCCAAUGGCUACGCCGCGGGGGCGGGGCUGUUCCGUGGGACAGGCCCGGCGGAAGCCGGGCGGGCUCAUUCUCGCCUCAGCCGUCUCGUCGCUGUGGUCGCAGGAGCUGCGGCGGAGCUAUGGGGGCCUCAGAUUCUUUCUUGUCUUCCUACGCCGGCCUCUUCUACUGGGUCGGGGUGUCGAGCGUCGCCUACUUCGUGUGGCUGCUGCUUCAGCACGUAGUUUAUGCCGUCCGCCUGUGGGUGCUGGGCAACCCGGCGGCGGUGGGCCCGCACCUGGGCGCGUGGGCAGUUAUCACGGGAGCUACUGAUGGAAUUGGAAAGGCAUAUGCAGAAGAGUUAGCAAGGCGUGGAAUGAAGGUGGUUCUUAUCAGCAGAUCUCAGGAAAAAUUGGAUCAGGUUGCCAAGGAAAUAAGAGAGCGGUUCAAGGUGGAAACGAAAACCAUUGCUGCUGACUUUGAAGAUCGUGAAUCUAUUUACAGAAACAUAAAAGCAGGCCUGGAAGGUCUCGAGAUUGGUGUCCUAGUAAAUAAUGUGGGUAUGUCAUAUACUUAUCCUGAAUUCUUCCUUGACGUUCCAGACCUAGAUAAAACAAUUGACAAGCUGGUGAAUAUUAAUAUCAUAUCUGUGUGCAAGAUGACACGAUUGGUGCUGCCCAGCAUGCUGGAAAGGUCCAAGGGAGUUAUAUUAAACAUUUCCUCUUUUUCUGCGAUUAACCCAACUCCAUUGCUGACUGUGUAUUCUUCAACCAAGGCUUUUGUUGAUUACUUCUCUGAAGGUCUCAGUGCAGAGUACAAAAAUAAAGGUGUCAUUCUGCAGAGCGUUCGGCCAUAUUUUGUAGCUACAAAAAUGACCAAAAUCCGUAAACCAUCAGCCUUUAAACCUACUCCUGAAGCCUAUGUAAAAAAUGCCCUCAACACCGUUGGUCUUGAGACACAAACUUCUGGAUGUGCAACUCAUGCAUUGGUGGCCUGGUUUAGCAAGUUUGUGCCCAAGUGGUAUUUCACAAAGAUGGCCCUUGACACGAACCUAAAACUGAGAGCUUAUUAUUUGAAGAAAUUAAAGGAGAAUUGAGUUGCAUCAUCAUGACCAAUUUGUUGGUAGUUCUGUGGAGCGAAAUACUGGUCAUAUCUUAAAGUUCUUUCGAAUGGGAUUUUCUUUUGGGACCACAGUCCAGCGUGAACAAAGAGAAAACUGAGGAGCAUGGGGCAAGGCAACCAGCAACUUGUUGAUUUUGUUUGUUGUUCUUCUGCAUCAUUGUUUUAGAAUGUGCUUUUUCGAUGUGACUUGGAACAGUAACGGGUACUUGUAGUUACUAGCUUUACUAAAAUGCACUUAACACCAACAGAUGUUUGAUUUGGGAAAUGAUGUCAGUGUGAUAAAUUUGACAGAAUUUGAUGUGGAACAUUGUUGGUGUUGAUACAGAACAACACUAAUAUUGGUAUUGAAUUGGUCGAUGCAGUAUUUCUUUCAUUAAAUAUUUGUUGUCAUUUAUUUUUACUUUGCAAGAAGUCACACAAUGGUCUUUAUUAUGAAUGAAACUGGACAAGUUUCCCCUCCAUCACACAUGGGCCACAAGAUCCUUGCCUUGUCAGCAUAGACUUCUUUAGCCAUUUCACUCCCUUCUACAUGAUCUCCCCACCUAAGACACUGUAAAUGUGAAAUUGUUGCAGUCUACAUGAUCAGAUUGAAGUGAAAGGGCUUAAUGUGAUAGCUGUAUAGAUUUUAUCCAUUGGCAAUACUUUUGUUUACUGAUGCUAGUCCUUUUACUAAAAUAGUAUAUUAAGAGAGGUGGGCUUUAUCAAACUGUUGGAAGACAAAUGCUACAGAUCGCAGUAACAAAUCUUGCCAGUUACUGAUAGUGAUUUAGCUCAGUUGGUAGAGCAAUGAGACUCUUAAUCCCAGGGUUUUGGGUUCAACCCACACCUUGGAUGAAAGAUUCCUGCACUGCAGGGAGUUGGACUACAUGAUCCUUGUGGUCUCUUCCAAUUCUAUGAAAAAAAAAUCCUUAAAUUACUCGUACCCUGGAUUGAAAGAUGUGCUUGUACAACAGGGCUUUCUUGCACCACCCCUCCCAAAGCUACCUCUGAGGAUUGAGGAAACCCUUUAUAAUAGUAUAGAGUGUCACAGAAGGCUACAAUAGGAAGGGAAAAUUGGGGGAAAGGGGAAUCUUGUGGAAACCUACAUGGCCUCCUCUUGCACCAGAACUCUUGGAUCCAAGGCUAUGUUGUUGCUUAACAUACAGUGUUUGAAAUUAGAUACUGAUAGAAAUAUUAUUUGAUGUGUAUAUAUUGACCCUACGCUACAGACCCAAUGAACUGAGAAUGUACAGCGUAGAAACUACAUUUUAAAAAAUUGGCUGCCUUUACAUGCAAAUUAAGAUUUCAGUGGUAACGUCCUAGACUUUCUCUGCUCAAGCAUUACCAGUUGUAUGUUUUACUCAAGUAAAAUUAAAAUGCUGUGUCUUUAGAUCAGAUAAGAGGAACCUUUCUGAUACUGAGAACCACAAAAUCUUUUGGGGGUUGUACAUUGGGAAGACACAAUGUGGGGGCCUGAAGUUAGCAGUGGCAUUGACCAGAGAUAGCAGUAGGCCACUCAUUUUAUUUCUGCUACCCCCCCCCCUUUAUUCUCUUCCCCAAGCACAAUUAAGCUUUGAAGUAAAGUUCCCAUUUCUGCAAAUGGGACCCUCCCCCAUCCCUUCUUAACUGCUGGGUGGGAUUGAGGAGGGGAGACUGGGGGACCAGAUCCAAAGGUGCAGCAGUAGCAAUUUCCUGCAUUUAGAUGCUUUCAUGGCGUACAGAGGACAGUUUUAUCACCAUAGCACAUGAGCUCUGUCUAGAGAGCAAAGAAUCCUAAGGGUGCUGAACUAACGGUGGCUAGUAGUAGCUGAAGAACCCUACCUAUAAGGUGAAUCAGAAAAGCAAAAAUUGCCCACUACCGUUGCCCUUAAAUGAUGGAUCGUGAUCAGUUGCCUAUGUUCUGAAGAAUCACUUGUGUGUGUUUGAGCACAUUUAUUGAUGGUAGAAACUCUGCAUUCUGUUUCAUCUACUACCAAUGGAGAAGCAAUUUAAGGCUCUGGUUUGAAAGUAAAUGUGUGUUAAAUGAUACUGUACAUAGAAAAUAAAUGAAAACCGAUGCAAUGGUGCUGAUAAGGAUUGAGAAACAAGUUUUGUCCCAGAAUGUGCUUAAAUUUUCUAAAUAGUUAUUUGAAAGAAGAUGGAUUUUGGCUAUAUAAAGCUUCUCUUACAACCAUUAGUAAGGCAGUUGCAAUGCAUGAGGUGAAGCACUGCUGCUGUGCUAUCCCAGCUGCAAGACUGCUCAAAGAGAUGGGGUAGGGCAGGGGAAGCAAUGGGUUGGUGGCGGCAGCAGGCAUAGAUGCAGACACACGUGCACCCACUAACACAAGGGAAAGUUGUGCUUUUCUAAACAAAAAGCAACAACCAUAGAGAAGACAGGGUUAAAGAAAAAGUGCUCAAACAUGCAAACAUACAAAUAGAUAUUUUAUGGAAUAUUAAAUAUCCAUUUGUUUGUAUCUCAUUUUUGAGCAUGUUAUCCUUUUGUGCACCUACUACCAACCUUGCUCAGCCUGGUCCAGCAAGCAGCAGUGCCAUUGGAGCCAAGAGGGUGGUGGAGUGGUGGUGCCCCACCUUGUGUGCUGCAGCCAUUGGAAAAUUAAGAGCAUAUUUGAGAUUGCUGGCUUGCCUAUGUAGCUUGACUGCUUUUUUUCCUAACUUGUUCUGUAAAACUUUCGAUUUAAAAUAAAACAAUAUUUCUCAUCAUGUUUAA